GAUGUGCGCGUGCCGUUGGGCGCCGUGUCUAUAAAUGGAGUUCUAAUGCAAGGGAUGCUGGGGUUGAAAACGAGAAUUUUAUCGUAAGCCAAGCAAUUCUUCGCUUCCGUGUGUACCAAUACUUUUCAAGCGUACAGGUUGUCUGUUUUGUUUCCUCAUAAACUGGUCUUUACCUCAGGUUCUUGACACAAAAAAAAAUUUAUAAAAAUUGAGGGCCAACGAUGUCCUUUCGAGCCUCCAAAUCGGGGUUGGGCUAUGAAGUUCAAAAGAAAUUGGAAGCCAACUAUGAUCGGGAGGAGGAAGCAGGAACUCCAGUGCACAUUGUCAACUGGCUGAAUCAAAUGUUAGAGGGGGAACAUCCAAAAUGCGAAAGCACAGACUGGAAAUCCAUUUGCAAUUACCUCAGAGACGGAGUAGCACUAUGCAAGCUUAUCAACAAGCUUCUGAAACAAGAAGGUAGGAACCCCGUCCAGUUCCAGAAAAAAGUAAUGUCACCCUUUGUAGCCAUGACAAACAUUGAAAACUUUAACAAGGGAUGCUUGGAGUUUGGUCUAGCCAAAGAAUUUGAAUUCCAGAGUGGAGAUCUGUGGGAAGUAAGGAAAGGACCCUUUUUGAACGUCAUUAACUGUCUUCACAGUCUGGGCUUUGUUGCCAAUUCCAAAAAAGUGAUGCCAUGUUACCAAGGAGAAGUUACAAAGUUCCUUGACAGGGAUUAAAGCUCUAGCCAAUCACAUCAGCCGUAAGAACAAGUGGUAUAUCACAUGGUCAUUGUUGUUUACUCAUUUUUUAUUGGUUUCCGACUUUUUGCUACAAUGCUAUUUAAAAAUUUUAUUUACUUAUUUCUAGACUAAACAAAUAACUUAGUAAAAAUAUGUUCAUUUCUUUUUCUGAGCUGAAAACUGUAUAGAGACUAAUAUUACAGACGCCAAGUAUAUAUUAUGCGUAACUGUAUGAAUAUAUUUAUAUACAAUGUAGGUAGUCAAAGACUUUAACAAUGCUAUAUUACUUUUGUAUACUUUAAAGGAGUAUUCUACUUGUAAUCUAUUUGUAAUAUACGUAUUUAUUUUGAAUGAAAAUAAACCUGUACUCUGACGUCAUUACAGAUACAUGUCAUAUUUAUUAAUGUGAAUGCUUAAUAAAUUGUUUUAAACCGUG